CAGGGCGGAGCUUGCUUCUCGUCCUCGAUCCUCACGGAGAGGCCCUGACGUGUUGCCAUGGCCGAAGGAGCGGCAGCGGCGGCGUGCUUCAGCGAGGAUGAUUUUUACUGUCCGGUUUGCCAGGAGGUGUUCAAAACGCCCGUGAGGACUGCGAACUGCCAGCACGUGUUUUGCAGGAAGUGCUUCUUGACAGCUAUCAGAGAAAGUGGAACACAUUGUCCUCUCUGCCGGGGGAGCGUGACUAAAAAAGAAAGAACAUAUCCCAAAAGGGCUCUAGAUGUUGAAAACAGUAUGAAGAAAGCUUCUGGGGGCUGUAGAUGCUGUGAGAAGCAGGUUAGAUUUUCGUGGAUGAGACAGCAUUAUAAAACGUGUAAGAAGUAUCAGGAUGAAUAUGGUGUUUCUUCUGUUAUCCCAAACUUACAGAUUUCCCAAGAUUCAACAGGGAACAGUAGCAGGAGUGAUGCAAUAUCUGGUAAUGGAGAGAUGGCCAAUAAUCAAAUCCUUCAAGGAGAAACAAGUGGACACCCAACCUUCAAAUGCCCUCUGUGUCAGGAAGCCAAUUUUACCAGACAACGUUUGCUGGAUCACUGUAACAACAGACAUCUUUACCACAUAGUUCCUGUAAUCUGUCCCAUUUGUGUAUCUCUUCCUUGGGCAGACACUAACCAGGUUACUAGAAAUCUUGUUAGCCAUCUUAACCUAAGACACCGGUUUGACUAUGGAGAAUUUGUGAAUCUUCAGCUCGAUGAAGAAGCCCAAUACCAAAAUGCAGUUCAAGAAUCCUGUCAUGUGAACUUUUAAGGUGUAGCCCCCCUUCAUCUUACUGAUUACCUGAGAGAAAAGUUGCAUUAAUUGUGGUGGUGAUCUGAAGUGUCUGUUGAUAGAAUUGUAUUCAGCGACCACUUUGCAGGCUUACCUUCUCUCUGUUCUCCUAAGGACUUUUCAUAAAUGAUUUUGCUGAAACUCAAACUUGACAUCUUUACCGAGAUCUCUCCCAGUGGAACUGGGGACCUUUUUGGAACAUCUCACUGUUGUCUUGGCAGACUUAACUUUUACUACUCUGUAAUUAUACUGUUUCUUUUAUUAAUCAUGUUUUAAUUCACCGAAACCAGCUUGGAAAGUAUCUUUAGAAAGACAUGCAGAGACGCUCUGUUGCACUGUUGAGUUCCUUUAAGUUCAGCUGUCAUCUGCAAAGAUACCUCUGAAAGGAUGGUAGUUUUUUUUUCCUCCUCCUGCUUAAGGACAAAGUUUUGUUUGUUGUGAUUUGGUUUUUACCUUUACAGUCGCAUGCGUGAAAAUAACAACUUCAGAAACAAAACUCUGUUUUUUAUAGAUCAGCCUGCAGAGCAGGGGUUGUUUCUUUUCAUUUUACAUUAAGCAAGAACAAUGCUAUUGCCUAGCAGUAAUUACAUCUAUUUUUCCCCCCUUUGGAGCAUAACUGAAAUAGGAGGCUUGCUUGCCUAAAGGGAUGGGUGAGGAUCUUUCCCUGUGCUCCCAACUACUAAAGAAGAUGAGAUAUAUUCUGAGCAAUCCGAGAUGACAUGCUAAAGGGAUGCUUUUUUUCUCUGUGUUUUUCCUUUUAUUGGAGCUUUUUGAGAACUUCUGUUCUUGCACUUGGAAUUCAAGUUUCCAUCUGUCCUGUUUUUCCUGGAAGGCUGGCUAACUAGAGAACUAAUUGGUUUCAAAUCUACUGACACUCAGAAACGAACUUAUUUUGUAAGACUGUUGAUAAACUUGGACAUCUCCUGCAUCCAAAGGCUUGAAAAAAAACACCUGAGAAUAAAAGCUUGCUCUGAAAUAGUUGCCAACAUAUUCUAAGAGUUUCUAUUCUAGAUUUCAACGUGCCCAGCAAGACCAUCAUUAAAACCAGAGAAAACAGAGCAAUAAUGCAGUUUGACUUGAAAUAGAAAAUGUGUGUAAAAAAACUGUAAGUGUUUUUUAAUUUAAAUACUAAUGGAGAUGAGCUGCCUGGCUUGUCCAUUGCACAGCAGUGGAUAAAGCUGCACAGCUUACAUUUUAGAGGUUUAAACAGAGAUUGUUCUGAAUGUAUACAGUUUAGGACUUCAUCAAAUGUCACCCAUCUCUCAUUGCCAGAUGCUGUUCUUACUGGGUCUUGCAUACACGGUGGAAAACAUUUCCAGUAAUUUUACAGGCCUGCUUGGUGAUUUGUGUGUAAUAACAUCAGUUGUGCAGCUGAAGUGCAAUCUACUUCUUCUGCCCAUUUCCUCUCCAAAGAGAAGUUUUUCUUUAAAUACUGGGAUAUUCCAUAUCCCCAAACUGGUGAGGUUGAAGUGCCUCAUUCUGCAGUGCAAUGGGAGUCAGAACUGAACCUUGGUUCUGCACGUCAAGUGUCAGAACUACACCACUCUACACUGUAACUUGACAUUUCUAUCUUGUGUUUUAUUAAGAGUAUAAAACAUGACUGAAGGCCCAGCUGGCUGAAAUACAGAACAAGUUGGCUAUUUCAGAAAUGUUGAAAGAUUUUAUCCUUUUUCUAUCAACUUCACAACUUGCAUUUUGUUCCUGGCUAAACGCAGCAUUUUAACAACAGGCCAUGCUUUCAUCUUGUACUCCAGCUUCCCUCUCUGCCCUCAGAUUUUGUCUCUGUAUUCUCACUCAUGUGUUAGCCAUAGUGCUUGUGUGACCACAAACUGAUUGGUGUGGUUCACUGAUCCAGCUGAAAAGCUUGUUUGGAUUUUUACUUUUGCUCUAUAAAGCCAACUAUGAAAUGGUGCCCUUAGAAAGAAUUCCAAGGUAGCCUGAUGCUAAAGUUUUAGCCUAUUGAACUAAAACCACAUACCAUGGUGACUUUCUGACUGCAUUACCUUUCCUAAAGGAUUUAAUAGCUAGAUGUGAGUUUAGUUAACUUUUUUUCUAGAUUCAAUAAAAUAUUUGUAUGAUCUGGCAAUAAAUGCUUACAGCCAAUACAGAUUCAAAACACCUCAUGGACACUGGAAGUAGUUCUUUCUAUUACUUGAACCUAUCUAUCUUGAGAAUUGCAAAUGAAAUGACAUCUCUUUUAAAACUCUGGGAAACAAAAUUUUCUAUAGCAAUAAUUAGUCAUCACUUGAUGUGUAGUUGCUGAGCAUUUUAGACCUGUCUAAAUGUUGGGAGACUUGAAUACACGUUUUAAAGCAACAAAUGUGUAUGAAUGCAAUAUCAAAAAAAAACCCCAAACAACCACAAACCAUUGCAAAAUGUUUAUCCUCUUUAUUUCCACAUGUUAAAAUCUGUAUUGGCAGGUGCUGCCUUGCUUAAGAUUUUCUACUUUUCAUACAAAACUUUUGCAUCCAAUGCAUUCAGGAGGUGAGCGUUGACUGAAAAGGAAACAUUCUGUUUAAAGCUGCUGCUGCUGGUCAUGAUCUUUCUCACUGAAGCUGAGACAUGCACAACAAGCUGUGUACUUGUGGUGGGUGAUGCUUGUACUGGAGAGGUGCAAUCACCACCAGGGGAUGGCUAUUCAACUGUCUUUUCGUGUUCAUGUUGCAUUGUGUUUGGUUUCAAUGUUAUGUUUGAAUUGUACCUUCUAUUU